AUGGCGGACAGUGUGCAAGUCGAAGAACCGCAAAGAAGGGCUGUUGGAGGAAGUAUAACAACAGGAAGAAUUCAUAAAGGUAUAAAGAUUCAUAAGUUCAUGAUAAAUACUUCAGUUUUUACCAGUUAUAGAAAGACGGAAACAGAGUAAAUAUAAUAUAUAAUAUAAGCUUACUCAACAACGUUUUUUCAUCGGGAGGCUCUGGCUGCGCUAGGGUCCAACCCCACACUCUUAAUUCAGCUGUAAAUUCGAGAUUUCUUAUUUGAAGAAAAAACUUUAAAACAAAUCAUAGAAUUAGAUUUUGUUCUUGGAAAUUCAAACUGCCUGUUUAAAUUACGGGAAAAAAGAGUUCUUAUCCUACAAAUGUUUCUCGUAAAUAAGGAACCUUUUUAUUACUAAAUUGAGAGAUUCGGAGCAAUCUCGAAUUUAGAAUGCCAGUUUUGGCUUUAACAAUCUAAAUUUUACCAGGAGUCCAUGAUUAAUUUUACUCAAAGAAAGCAAAAGAAACAAAAAAACUGUUUCUCUGGAUGUAUAUGAAAUUAAUGUUCUUAUUUUUAUUGUGAACCCUCAAUCACGUUAGAUCUGACAUGUGUAGCCAUAACAAGCUAGUAGUAAGCUUAAUUACAAGGAAAAGAUUAGGAUAACUUUUUUAUUCACAGGUCAUGGAAAAACAGCAGCAUCAGCUUCGAUACCAAGCAAAUAUCAAACAAUAGUGAGUGACAACUCAGAAAGGAAAGGCUUUCUUUCUCGAGCGAAACGGUUUGGUGAUGUGAAUGUGGUAUGUGUGUUUAAACAUAAUUUCUAUCAAAAAAGUGUUUAUACUGUAGACUAAAUGCAAUUUAUUACAUUGUAUAUGCUUCAGAAAAUAUCUGUUACUCUGAUCACCCUAUCGGAGGUUCUCUUGGUUUGAACCUGCUCCAAACCCCAAUCCCUUUGAAAAAUUACGUUUUAGCUUCAUACUUUCCUUAAGUUACAAAAGUUUAUAGCCUUUAAGAUCCAAAAGAACCUUCUUUAAUUGGUUUGUCUGAGAAAAUGCAAAUUGCAGAUUCUUCAAUCUUCGAAACAGAUAUUGCACUUCACUAAAAAGCCUUUUAGGAUUUGUGGUACAUUCUGUUCCUUUUAAACAGGUCGAAAAAAAAUACAUGUACUUCUUAUUGUAAGCUGCAUGCAGUAUUCCCGAUAAUUGAAAAGUAUUAGAACUGUCAUGUUCUUGCUGGUUUGCACAUGCUGGCAUGCAGUGCUAAUUAAUUUGUUAUCAAACUAACAAAUCUGAUAAAGUGAGUUAAAAAUCUAAAGAUUCCUUGGAUAAUUUCUCCUAAAGAAAUGUGCCCAUAUGACCCUCCAUACAUGGGUUAUUGAGUGGACAUUUUCUGGAACACAAUACUAAAGUAUGCACCCAUCUGCUUUAAUAUUUAAAUAUUUAUAAAUUUUUGUUUUGUUUUGCACUUUGUAGACUGCAAACCCAGGACCUGGUACUUAUGGUGAAAUGAGAUCAAGUGAAACUACAAGUUCAUCAUUUUCAAAAAAAGGCUUUGGUGGAUUUGUUUCUAAGGUAACCAUUCUAUAUAUAUAUAUUAUUAUUUGAACAUAAAGAAACUCAGUAUUGCAUAUCCUGGUUUGCAUGGGCCUGGAAAAGUCCUUGAAAAAGUACUAUGUCCUUGAAAAGUCCUUGAUUUUUCCACAGAAGUCCUUAAAUAUUUUUAAAACCUCCUUGAAUAAAAAUGACUUUUGUUAAAAAAGAAAUGUUUUCUGUCAUUUGAAGUGUCCUAGGAACCUUGCCUUAAAGAAGAAAGGUAUUGCAAUAGGUGAAUGCCCUUCCACCUGUGCAUUUUAAAGGUCUUUUCGUCAUGUUAUUGGGGAAAAGAAGUCCUUGAAAAAAUGAUUUUAGUCCUCGAAAAGGCCUUGAUAUUUUCUUAAAAAAUUUUGUCUGAACUACGUACCAAGUCAUGUAUGUAAGAAGAAAAAGGCAGUAGUACAUCAGAAAUUAUUUUAAUUUAGUCUGAGUUCAUUAAUAAUAUUUUCUAUGUUGGCCACAUUUUUAUUUCAUUGGUUGCAGGCUAAACGUUUUCCAAGAGGAAUUAAAGACACAGGUCCAGGCCCAGGUAAAUAUUAAUUUCUUUAUUUAAAGUUGCUGUUGUAAUGCCUAAAAUAAUUGGUUUCACAGGGGUUUCAAUAGAGUAACAGACUGUAUCAAUAGACCCCAGUCCCCUUAUUUUAGGGGGAGGGGGUCUAGGGGCAUGCUUUCCAGAAAAUGUUGAAAUUUGAAAGCCCUGAAAUGCAACUUUCAGCAUUCUGGGGACUAAAUUGAGGACAAAAGAGAGUGUUUUUAUUUAAGAAAAUGUAGCUUUAAUUCAACUUUCAAUUUAUCCGUUACGCAAUACAUUCCUACUUGUACAGGCAAAUUAUGAACAAAUGAUGAAAACUGAAUUACUUACUUUUGCAGGUAAACAAAUUCUGUGAAAAAUUUACUGAAAUAUAGCGUUCAGUCAUGACUAAAGUAUAACGUAAAACCAGUGGGCCUUAAUGAAAGCACAUCAUAAUUACGUUUUCAUUGAGAUUUUAUUAUAUAUUUUUUUUUGUUUACAACGUUAUUCCAACUAGUUUCUUCUUUUUUUCCUGGAAAAAGGUAGAUGACUUCUAUGAGCAAAGUAGCCAACGCAUUUCAUCGGCCUUCGGCGCUUAUUGAAACCCCAAGUUUCACGGACCUGUACUCUGUGCACUCUUAAAAUAGUACAAUUGGUUAUACAUGCAUGCCCUAAAGUAAUCUUAAUUCAGUUAACACAAACAUAGCCCUCUGACACAUUUUUCAGUUUUUUGGCCUCAAGAAUACAUUGUAUCAUUGCUUGUGUGGUAGUUUUUUAAGAAGUAUUGUGGCAUUACAUUUUAUUUUUAUCAUCAGUUUUUUGAUAAUACAACAUCUUAAUCAGCUGCCCACCCAGUGUGUAUCCUUGAGUUCAUUUCUCUUCAUUUAAGUUUAAGGCCAUCCCCUUUGAUUUCUCCAUAUUUAGCUUCAUUCGACCAACCCAAUUUUUUGGCAAUUUUUUCAAAAAAGAAAAAAGUAACGAUGUAGUUAAACCAUUUUUUACUUAUUAAUUCUUUUAAUCUGAAGAAUGAGCGUAGCAACAGCAUAGAGAAAAACGGGAACAUUUUUUGUACAUUAUAUAUUGUGCAUUUUGUUAAUCCUAAUAUUAAGUAAAUAUUAUAUACUUUGUCAUCUUCAUCGGCAACUAUGAUUUAAACUUAGUUUGAGAAAUUCCAAUAUAUCUCUGUUUUAAUGAUAUAUCCAGAAACGUCCUUUUCAAGCAGUUGCUGAAAACUAAGGGAUCAUGCAGGAGUUUCAGUGGUUGAUCCUUUUUCUCAUGUUGUAUUAAUUUUACUAUAACAUCAACCAAAUGAUUCUUCCACCAUAUUGAUUUUGUGUUCAAAAUUGUCUUUUUGUUUCCCAGUUUCUUCCAGGCUCCACAGCAAUGAUGCUGGGGGUGGUACCAGGCGUGCUUUUCUGAGACUUUUUCUAAUUUUUCUAAGGAUCUUUUUUUACACUGACCAACCAAGGUUGUUCCCAAAAUCAGGAAAUGCAAUCGACAGUAAACAAGGAAAAAAAGGGGAUGGCCUAUUAAACUUUCAUUUAUAAAUCAAUAAUUUAUUUUUUAUUGUCACAUUGAUUACAAACUUAUGGCUUGUAUUGGUGAAGGAUAGAAUGGAGAAAAUGGGAAGAAUUUUGUACUAAAAAAAAUGGAAAAUGAUGUAUUGUACUUAAUGACCUUUUUAAGGAUUUUAUGACCCAUUGACAUCAAAGGAACACAACUUUAACAAAUCUUCAGUGACAAGGUUAGUGUUCAUGAAAAUCAGUUUAAUAUUUAUAUAUUUUAUGAAUGUGAAUGAAUUUAACUUACAAGGAAUUUAUUUUUAUCAUGGAAUGUAACAACAGACCUAAUUGAUCGCUCACAAGGUCUGUACAUUUAAUGGACUCUUAGCUUAGUGCGCAGCUCAGUGUUGUAAAUUAAUGCAACAAGAGGUUGUUAAGUUGUAUAACAUUAACUAGCCUAGGUUUCAGAUCACAGUGUUGCCUAGUACGGAGUUUGUUGUUCCCCUAGGUUGCAGCUUGAAGCAUUUGUAACAGUGUUUCUAAUUUUUUUUAUUAUUUUACAGUAAUAUUUAUUUUACAAUUUCUCACAUUGUAAAGUGCUGUUAGAUACUUUGAAGAAACAGUGCUAUGUGAAUUAUUACAUUAUUCAAGUGCUUUGGUUUUUUGGGACCUGCCAAUUAAUUCUCUUAUUCUCUGAGUGGCAUUUUGCUCGGUGUGCUGCCACGGCAGUACCUUGUUGAUGUUUUGAUCUAUUGGCCUUAUGUUUUUACCUCAUAAGGCCAAAGUAAGGAGGCUGUAAAGUCACCUGUAGCACUAAACACUAAGCAGUGUCCUGCAAAUGUGUCUGAUCUUCUUCCUUCAAUUACCUUCUUGUUUAGAUCAGAGUGAAACCUUAAUUAUUGGAACAGUGAUAUUGAAAAAAAACGUGUUAAUACAUGAAUGUUUUCCUGCAGAAAUUUUCAUCUUCCAAUUGCCCUGCAAAGAGACACCAGGAAAGAGCAGUUUCCAGCACCCAAUCAGUAUACAGUAAGUCAACUUCUUGAGAAUGAUUUCUAAAAAGUUUGGAUCAAGAUUUUUCAAUUAAAUGUCUCACAUUUACUCUGUUUUCUUUGGCACAGAUUGGUAAAACUACUGGUAGAGUUUUUUAUGACAACAAUGUUGCAGCUUGUGCUGCUUUUCGAUCAAAGUAAGUCAGAAACCAGUAAUACUCCUCAUGUUAAAUUUUGUGCUGAUAUGGUGGCUAAGAUAAUGUUUUACUUUCUGUUGUCUUUGGCUGUCUUUCACAGUUGUGUAUGUCUUGUUUGGGGUGGGACUACAUGUAGUUAUGAAAAAAUUGAUUUGUUUUGUAAACGAGUACUGGUAUCUUGAUUUUCUUUCCUUUCCCUUGAUAAAUUAAUCAGAAAAAUGUAUGACAAGAUGCUUUAAAUUAAUUUGAUUAAAUUUUCAACAGAUCAAAGAGAUCAGAAGACUGGUCUGGAGCAACUUUUGGACCAUCACCAUGUAAGAACAUUCACUUGUUGGUUUAAUUACUCUGUCAAAAAAUUUUCCUUUGUUAUCCAAGGUGGAUACUGAGAAAACAGGCCAGGUGUGCUGAGUUAAUUAUGUGUGAAAUACUUAUGAAGUUUUUGGUGAGGUUGAUUUGUCUGAGUUUUUUUACCAAAUACAUGUACAGUUGUGUAGCUGAGGUACUUGGGUUGUACAUACUAUCAAAAAUGAGAACAGUGCAAACACCAGAAAAAUGUUUGAAGUUUUAGUGUCCAAAGGAAGAUGAUAGUUAAGCUAGCCAAUCUGGUGUGAGGAACUGCAAACAAGUAGCUUUGAAUUCUCAACACUGUCCUGGUAACCAAUGUCAUAGCUGGUCACAACACAAUGAACAUAAAUGUAGUUCCUAAAACAUUUCAGAUCUUUGAGGUUUUCAGAGCUUUGCACGUGACCUGGACCAGGAUGGCUGCAAAUUUUAGCUAAGGGCAUUAGUGCCCGUUAAUCUUUAAUGAAUUUAAAUCCUGGCUUUUUCUGAUUUUAUUUCAAACAUGACAGUGGCCAACUUGAAAGCCUCAGCUCCUUUAGCCACUGUGCACAUCCUCUCUAGAUUUUCUAUUUAUUAAUAUUUGAAUAGUAGCAUUUCUGUAAGAAGUGAUUAAUUUUCAAUAUGUGUAAGGUUAAUUCAAAUAAACAGUCCAAAUAAAGUUGAAGUUGAAAGUUCAGAGUUUGACAGUCAACAGUUGAUGACACACACAGCUCACUUUGACUGUGAUAAUAUGACAUGCAAAUUGUUGAAAAAUCAGUCCAGGACUUAAGACUCAUCCAGUCAUUUGACUUUUUAACCUAUUAUAAUUAUGAUUUGUUCUAAAUAUGCAUCACUUACAAAAAUGUCAGGUCACUAUACCAUAAAUGACAGACUUGUCAAAGAUUCACCAAAAAUUGCUACAGCACCAUUCAAGUCAACAACAGAGAGAAAGAUGAUGCAGUCCCCAGUGCCAUACCCUGGACCAGGUACAUACAGACCCUUUGAAACAGUCAAUCUUAAAAGACCUGCAGCAGCAAAGGAGCAAACUGGAUUCCAGUAAGUGUUACUUUACCACACCUAUAGUUAUGAAAUGUUACAAAUCACAAAGAAUGAUUAAAGAUAGAUAUGUACGCGUAAUAUUAUACGUAUACGUGUAUUACGUAUGGUUGACGGAAGAAAACAAGUAACUAGGGAUACUUAAUCAAGUAACUAGGGAUACUUAUGUAGUUACUUGUUUUCUUCCGUCAACCAUACGUAUACUCGCUCUACUUUAUGUAUUGAGCACUGUUUUACGGAUUUCAAGUUCAAACCUCUUAUACGUGUAUUAUAGUGGUAAAAAUCUCACAGGAAUAUGAUUUGUUUAAACUUUGUCCCACUUUGAUAAUUGGUGCCUCACUAAUCUAAUUUUUGCAUUAAGUCUAGACUUUCGUUCGAUCAGUGAACUGUAGUUACAUGUAACUGUGAAAAGAAAUCCCUAGCUGUUUGAUUCCCUACCCACUUGUUGUAUUUACCCGGCAAUUUGAAAUCUUAGUGACAGCCCCAUAACUUUGUUGUAGCUUGGAGCUACAAUAAAGGCCUAGACCCAAUGCAAUUGUGCUGUGCACGUCCUUGCAUUUGGUGAAUUGCUGCAUGCGUGAAAUUCAGAUUGCCACAAUUUUCAGUGCUUACAAUACUGGUAAUAUUCUUCUUGAUGAUACAUACACUAGCUGGAAGAAAAAAUAAGUUUAAAUUUGACAUUUUCGGGUUUUUUAGCCAAUCAACAGUCUGAACAUACACUUGGCCAUAGAUUUUGUGACAAAGAGCACUGUGUAUCUUGGUUGGGUUUUAAUCUAAUGUUAAAUGCAGGCAUGACUGAAUAUUGGAAGUGUGCAAAGAACCUUGAAUAAUGAUGUUCCUUGUAUUGUCUGUUUAUGUAACUUUCAGUAACAAGCAUUACUUGUGUAUUUCGGCACCUGCUAUGCCUCUUCCUCCUUUGGAGCCAAUGCCAGGACCAGGUCAUUACAAUGUUGUGGAUUAUGAAGGCCCCCCUAAACAUUACAUGUCCAGUUCUGCAUUUGUAUCGACAACAAGUCGAUGGUCAGGAGGGGCACCUGGAGAGGAAGAUCUCCCCGGACCAGGUAAAUACAUUUUUUAGUGGGACAAUAAUGAUAACAGAAGAUUCUGUAAAACAUUCAAGCAUAAAUUUAAAACUCACAUGGUUUUUGAAUGCAAAUGAACAGACACAAUAAAUGCAAGACAAAUUAAUUUGUUUUCGAUAAUAUUUCAUAUUAUGAUAAUGGUGACAAGUCAUCGCCAAACAUAUUUUUAUUGAGUUACUUUUAAUUUAUGCUUAGAAUAAUGAUAAAGGCACUAACUAUCAGAUACGUGGUAGCUAUCAGUUUACAGUAUAUAUUUAUGAAGUUCAAAUGAAGAGUUAACUAAUACAUUCAUUUACUUGUUGAUGCACUUAUCCACUGGAUAGUGAUUUGUCCAGUGCAUAGCACUAUAACUUUUACCCCAGUGGAGUUGGUUAGAUAAGAAUGCUCCAUAGCCAAUGGGCAUGAAGAGUCAAACUUAAAACCUAGGGCACUUCUUUAUGUCAGUUCACAAAGAUACAGCUGUAGGGAGAGUGCAUAGCACAAGUUUCAAAUACGAACAGAUUGCAGUGAUUGUGAACUCCUAAGGGGGAAACUUUUCAACAGAUGAAUCUCCUCAGUUUCUUAGGAUGGUGUGUGCUUCCUACUAAGUUAAAGCGUUUGGACAAUUCAAGACUAUGGUAAUGACUCUAGUAUGAAGUGAUGAUAUUUUUCAUUUUAACAGUUUUAAUUUAACAUCAUUUUUUGUUAUUGCAGCAACAUACCGUCCACAGCACUGUGGUAAACAGUCAUUUAUCUACAAUGCACAAGGAAGAUGGAUAUAGUGCUAAUUAAAAUUAAUUAAUGAAAAUAUGACUGUAAAUGUUAUUAUAAUGAUUUUAAAAUGUUACAUCAAAAAUAAUUGAAAUGCCCAAGUUGACAGCUAGUUUAUAGUCAUCUUAAAUUUACAGGGACUGGGACUAUUUAUUAUAGUGCAAACUCUGAAAGUUGUACAGUUGCAGCAAAGCAAUUUUUUGAUACAAAGUGUGUAUAAUUAUAGUGUACAUAAUUUUUAAUUUGUACAUUUCAAAAACCAUUAUUGUAAAUAUAGUUUUGUAUUGACAUCAGCAUGUAUGAAUAUGAUUAUUUUAAGAAUAGGGUAUCCUGACUCUUCAGUCAGUAAACUGAUCAUUUUCUUUAGUCUUCAGUCUAAAUGCAAGCAAAACAAAUGGUGUACCAUAUCUGGCAAGUGGUGUAAAAUAUGAUAUAAAAAGUAAAAUAAUAUCCUCAACCGUAAAUAAAGUAGGAAGUGAAAAACUUUUAGCCAGGAAAUCCUGUUUCAUGUAGAUUUAAUCACCUCCUCAUUUCUUUUCUAAUCUCCAAACAAGCAAAACUUGGCCUUUUUAAGAGCAUUCUUGUUUGGUGUUUACAUUUUGUCAGACUUUAAAGGAAUAAGAGCUUGAUAUCAUGUUUACUUUUUAACAAGCUGUUAAAAUCAUCAUAAUUAUCCUAGAUGUGAAGGUUUGCAAAUAACAGCUUACAUUCAGUAAAGAAAAAAGGGAUGCCAUAAUUUAAACUGAUAUGAUAAACCACUGGCAAAAAAGAGCCCCACUGGCAGGCCCCAAUUAUGCUAUAAAGAUGCAUGUCUGCAGAAGGGACCUGAUGGCCUUGGGCAUUGACAUCAACGUUCAGCUUUGAAGCAGGCAGAGAAGGAAGGCCUUUCUGAGUUUGAAGAGACCUUGCUGAAUAGGCAGAAAAAAAGAGACAAACAAGGAAGGCCCAAAACCAAGGAGAUACCCCAGCAACUGACUAGAUCUGCUCACUGUGCAGAAGGGACUGUUAUUCCUGAAAAUUAAUGGUCUUUCCAGCCACACAAGGCGCUGCUCGAGAACCACCAAUCAGAGUGCAGCACCUUAGUCUUUCGAGACUGACGGUUGCCAAUCUUAAGAUAAACCUUGUUAAAGCGGAACACAGCAAAGCAGCAGUAUACAAGUGCUGCAUGCUGCAUGCUGCUGUGGAUCUGGGGUAACCAACAUAACCAUAAUGUAGACCUUUUAUAUUGAAUUUGAAUAAUUUUAUUUUAUAAUAAUUUGUUUUGGCAUCUAACCA